AUGGCCACCAUGGACGCUUCGAGCGCCCUGUGGGAGGCGAUGAAGGCAGCUGGCAAGAUUCCGUCCCGCACAGAAGGGGCGCACUCCGUCGUCGAGGACUUCGUGUUCUUCAAGCAGGCGACGGCCCGGGUGUUCUCCGAGAUGUUCGGCGACGCAAACCCCGACCCCAGCGAGAUCAAAGUGGAUGAGGACAUGUUCCCGCGGUUGUUGUACGUCUGGAGCCGCUGUUCGACGCGACGAGAAAUGCCCGACCUACAGACACCCAAGGGGCAGCUGAAGCUUUUCAAGGCACUCGACAGCAUCGAGAAGCUCGGCUACCUGUCCGAGCGCCACAUUGUCACAGCAGAGAUGUACGUCUCCGGCCACCUCGAGCGCACGUUCCGCACGUGGGGCACGGGCAAGUCGACCGUCACCGGCGCUGUCUACGAGAUGUCGCAGCGCCAGUUUGCGGCACUCAUGCGGCGCUGCGGCCUCGUCGACGAGAGCACGCCGGACGCCGUCGUCCCGCAGGUCGACCUCUCCGUCAUCAACGCGAAGAAGUGGCGCACGCACAUGGGCCUCCGCCUGGACCGGUCCAAAACCAUCGACUACUUGGAAUUCUGCCUCGCCGUGUGCCACUUCUCCCUCGCGCUGCGCGAGCCGACCGAGUACAUCUUCGGGCUCAUCCGGCGCACCGGGGACCCCGGCCACAAGCAGCGCGCGCAGCAGGCCAAGCGCGUCAACGCCGACAAGCGCUUUGCCGCGCCGCUCCUGCGCACCCAAACAUCGCCGUGGCUGGUCAAGGAGUACCGCGAACGCAGGCGGGAGAGCGACACGGAGUCCGACGACGAGCUCGGACACACCUGGGAGGCCGACGGCGCGCCCGCGCCCGCCCCCAAGCUGUCCGGGUGGGGAAGCGUGCGCGCGGCGAUGAUCAAGCGCAGGCCGUCCGACCUCGCCUGCGCCGACGCCGGGUCCGCGCUGGACACGGUGUGGCGCGCCUACCGGAAGAAGCCGCACAAGCACAGCGAGGUAUACCGCACCAUUUGGAUUUACCACCUCUCCCUGUGCACCCUGGUGUCGGCCAACGCGGAGCCUCUCAUGCGGUACUGGGCGUUCAAGCAGUUCUGCAUGGACGCCAACAUCCUGGCGUCCGAGGACCACAUUUCGCGGAUCUUCGAACAGAGCGUGGCGCUGCACCGCGGAGAGGCGCGAGAGCGCGCCACGCUCGACGGCGCGGACGGGCUGUCGUUCAAGCAGUGCUGCGCCGCGCUCGAGCUCAUCGGCAAGCUCUCGCACCCGCCGCGCACCCUCGCGGACACCGUGAAGACCGUCUGCGAGGAGCUCGGGGGUCCGACUGCGCUCGACGAAGGCCCAGAGGAUCCGCAGGACGACCCCCAGUUUCGGGCGAGGCUGCGCAACAGCUUCACCCGCGCGGACGAAGCGUCGUCGCUGGCUGGCAGCGCGUCGCCGAGCCGUGCCGUAUCGCGGGUGGCGUCCUUCAAGGACGGACGGCCCAUGCUCGGCGCCGGCCCCUCGUUCAAGGCCGGGCGGCCGGCAGCGCUCCCCGCGUCGUCGUCGUCGUUCCGCCACCCCGGGGCGUCCGUGAGCAGCGGCUCAACGCUGCCCAUGCGGGCUGUCUCGCUGCGUGGGCCCGCCUCGAUGUCGUUGCGGUCGCUGUCCAGGUUCGACAGCACGGCGGAACGCUUCGGGGCGCGGGCGAGGGUGUACAACACGGACAAGGAGGGCCCCAUCGCUAGCACGGCGCAGGUGAGCCGCAGCAGGACCAGCGAGCCCAGGGACCGCCUGAUGCAGCUGUUCGAGGAGUACGACGCGCUGUACGACAAGAUACCGGGGAAGCUGUCGCAGCGCGCGUUCGCGAAGUUCGUCACGGACCAGGUGCCGAGUGUGGGCGAUGACACGGACCUGGCGCACAGGCUGUGGGAGCAGGCGAUGGAGGGCGGCAGGAGCGUCGCAAUGGACUUCCAGACGUUGCGCAAGGUGCUGGAGGACUUGGCGGCGGAGCGCGGGCUGAGCUCGGCGGAGGACGUGCUCGUGCAGUCAUAG